AUGAAAGGGCACGCGGGCCUAAUGGGCAACGGCCUCGCGGACGAUUACACAAAUGCGGCCUACCCGCUCUUCGCUCCUCUGCGGAGUGCGGACUGCGGACGCCGAGGAGGCUGCUCGUUGCCCGCCUCGUCGGUGGGCGACAACGAGCUGGAGGACAUCGCUCCGGAGGAGCUGUCGGGCGCGCGAGGGCUGCGCGUGCUGUCGGCCCCGCGCAACCGGCUGCGCCGUCCGCCCCCAGCACUCGCCGAGCUACGGCGCCUGCAGGCGCUGAACCUGGCCGGCAACCUGAUCACAGAGCUGACCAACGCGUCCUUCCCGCCGCUGCCGAUGCUACAUACGCUGGUGCUCAAGCGGAACCGCAUCGCGUACAUAGACGAGCGCGCCUUCGCCAACACGCCCGCGCUGCGCGUCCUACGUCUGGAAGACAAUUUGCUGACGGAACUGCCGACCGCCGUGCAUCGACUGCCGCUACUUGAAGACCUGUCCGUGGCGCGCAACCGUGUCUCCGCGGUGGGGCUGGGGCUGCGCGCGUGCGCCCGCCUCACCCGCCUCGAGCUGCGCGCCAACCCCCUCACCCAGGUGCACCCGCACGCCCUCCAGCACCUGCCGCGCCUCACCACCCUGGAGCUCUCGGAGGCGCGUGGGCUGCGCGAGCUGCCCUCGCUGGAGGGCGCGCAGAGGCUGCGCACGCUGCGGGCGGAGCGCGCGCGCCUCGUGCGCCUCCCGCCCGCGCUCUGCCGCCACGCGCCGCAGCUGCGGGCACUAGAUUUGCGGGCCAACUUGAUGGAGAGCGUGCCAGAGCUGUACGAAUGCUCCGAGCUGCGCGUGUUGUCGCUGUCGGACAACCUGGUGUCGGAGGUGGGCGCGGGCGCGCUGCGCGGCCUGCGGCGCCUGCACGACCUGCAGCUGGCGCGCAACCGCAUCCGCCGGCUGCCCGCAGACGCGUUCCUGCACACGCCGCGGCUGCAGCUGCUGGACCUCGAGGGUAAUCAGAUCGAGCACAUCGACAUGGAGGCGUUCGUUCCUAUCUCCAAACUGGAGGACUUGAACGUGGGCAACAACGUGUUUCCGUGGCUGCCGGCGAGUGGGCUGCAGCGGCUGCUGCACCUCAAGGCCCACAACAACCCCAACCUGCGCCGCUUCCACCCACCACAAUUAUUUCCACGGAUACAGACCCUGGUGCUGUCGUAUGCGUACCACUGCUGCGAGUUCAUGCCGCCGGUGGAGGGGGCGGCGCGGGGGGGCGCCGAGGGCGAGGAGAGCGAGGAGGGGGGCUUCAGCGACCUGGUGCUGCUGCCGCCGCGGCGGGUCGACCUGGCCGCCUGGGCCAACGCCACCGACAUCUGGCCCCACUACCUGAAUGCGACCGGAUCGGGUGCUGGCGCAGCUUGGAGCAGCGAGCUGAUAGGCGAGUUGCGCGCCGCCCCGCAGCCUCGCGUGCGAUGUCUGCCGCUGCCUGGGCCGUUCUUGCCGUGCGUGGACCUGUUCGACUGGUGGACGCUCCGCUGCGGCGUGUGGGCGGUGUUCCUGCUCGCGUUGCUCGGCAACGGUACCGUCGUGUUCGUGCUGCUGUUCAGCCGCAGCCGCAUCGACGUGCCACGUUUUCUCGUCACCAAUCUUGCCGCUGCCGACUUCUUCAUGGGCGUAUAUUUAGGCUUCUUAGCGGUAGUGGACGCGGGCACCCUUGGGGAGUUCCGAGCGCACGCCAUCUCGUGGCAGAUGUCGGGCGGGUGCCGCCUCGCCGGCUUCCUUGGGGUGCUGUCGUCCGAGUUGUCCGUGUACACUUUGGCCGUGAUUACCCUGGAGCGGAACUACGCCAUCACCCACGCGAUGCACCUCAACAAGCGGCUGUCGCUGCGGCACGCGGCCGUCGUGAUGGCGGCGGGCUGGGGCUUCUCGCUCACGGCGGCCGCCUUGCCCCUUUUCGGGGUCAGCGACUACCGCAAGUUCGCCGUGUGCCUUCCCUUCGAGACCGGCACGCCCCUCUCGCUCGGCUACGUGGUGGCGCUGCUCGCGAUCAAUGGCGUCGCCUUCCUCGUGCUGCUCGGCUGCUACCUGAAAAUGUAUUGCGCGAUACGCGGCUCCCAAGCGUGGAACUCGAACGACUCCAGGAUAGCGAAGCGUAUGGCUCUGCUCGUGUUCACGGACUUCUUGUGCUGGUCGCCCAUCGCGUUCUUCGCCCUCACGGCCGCCUUCGGGGCGCAACUCGUCUCGCUCGAGGAGGCGAAGGUGUUCACCGUGUUCGUGCUCCCGCUCAACUCGUGCUGCAACCCGUUCCUCUACGCCAUACUCACGAAGCAGUUCAAGAAGGACUGCGCACUGGUGUGCAAGGCCAUCGAGGAGUCGCGGGUGACGCGCGGCAUCGGGCGCUGCCGGCACUCGUCCAACUUCAGCAACCGCCAGACGCCGGCCAACACCAACAGCCUGGCGGAGCGGUCGUCGCGGGGCCAGCACGGCGCGCAGUGCGCGUGCCGGCGGCUGCUGCCCCCCGGGGGCGGCGCCGCCGCGGCAGCCGGGCCCGGCGCCCCCGCGCGGGCCGUCGCGGGCCGCUCGGGGCGCGCGGGCGGCGAGCGGCUGCUGCGGUGGCUGCGCGCGUGCGGGCGGCGCGCGCCCCCCGCGCCCCCCGCGCCCCGGCCCGCCGCCGCGCCGCCCGCGCGCACCGGCCCCGUGUCGUCGUCGGUGGAGUUCUCGUCGUCGCGCUCCGACUCGUGGCGCGCGUACGGGCGGGCGCCGCCGCCGCCGCGCCGCGCCGCCUCCUGGCUGGUGGCGCGCAAGACGUCGCAGGACUCCAACCUGUCGUCGUCGCGCAACGCCUCGUCGGGCUCGAACGCGACGGCGUCGACGGGCACGUGGCGCACGUCGCGCUCGGGCGGCAGCGGCGCGGCGGCAGCGGGCGCGGCGGGGGCGGCGGGGGCGGCGGGGGGAGCGGCGGGCACGCAGGGCGGGCCCCGGCCGCGGCUCACGCGGCAGCCGGCCGUCUCCGCGGAGGAGCCUCCCGCCUCGCCGGGCGCCGCGCUGCCCGCGCCUCGGCUCCUGCACACCAUCCCGUCGGCCGCCGAGACGGAGCCGGCGCCGGACGAGCCC